GGUGACUCUUUCCUGUUUCCGGCUGUGCGCAGGCUCAGCUCGUGUGUCUGAGAGUUCCCAAAGUUGAGACUUUUCUUCGCACGUUUGAGGACGCCCCUGGCGGGUCUGCAGCUGUAACCAUGCCACAGAAUGAAUAUAUUGAAUUACACCGUAAGCGUUAUGGGUAUCGCUUGGAUUACCAUGAGAAAAAGAGAAAGAGGGAAGGUCGAGAGGCUCAUGAACGCUCAAAGAAGGCAAAAAAAAUGAUUGGCCUGAAGGCUAAGCUCUACCAUAAACAGCGCCAUGCUGAGAAAAUACAAAUGAAGAAGACUAUCAAAAUGCAUGAAAAGAGAAACACCAAACAAAAGAAUGAUGAAAAGACUCCUCAGGGAGCAGUACCUGCCUAUCUGCUGGACAGAGAGGGACAGUCUCGGGCGAAAGUACUUUCCAACAUGAUUAAACAAAAACGAAAAGAAAAGGCGGGAAAAUGGGAAGUCCCUCUGCCCAAAGUUCGUGCCCAGGGAGAGACAGAAGUAUUAAAAGUCAUUCGAACUGGAAAGAGAAAAAAGAAGGCCUGGAAGAGGAUGGUUACUAAAAUCUGCUUUGUUGGAGAUGGCUUUACAAGAAAACCACCUAAAUAUGAAAGGUUUAUUAGGCCAAUGGGCUUACGUUUCAAGAAGGCCCAUGUAACACAUCCUGAACUGAAAGCCACUUUUUGCCUGCCAAUACUUGGUGUGAAAAAAAAUCCUUCAUCACCACUAUAUACAACUUUGGGUGUUAUUACCAAAGGUACAGUGAUUGAAGUGAAUGUGAGCGAGUUGGGCCUUGUGACCCAAGGAGGCAAGGUUAUUUGGGGUAAAUAUGCCCAGGUAACCAACAAUCCUGAGAAUGAUGGAUGCAUCAAUGCAGUCUUACUGGUCUGACAGAUGUUUCAUACAAUAACUUCUUACACUUAUUGAAGACUACAUACCAAUCAGGAAAACUAUCAUUACUGUGAAUACUACCAAACAACUUUCCUAACUCCAGUCAUCAAGAGAACUAUUUAUUAAAUUGUAAAACCAUUAAAAUGACCAUUUUAUAAAUUGAGUCUUUUACUUGGGGUCUGCUAAGAGCUUAGGGAGACUGAACCACUGAAAAAAGUAAACAUGAGUUUCUGCCUUAAAGAGUGGGUAUUCAGCAACACAGAUCUGUCAUUCCUGAAAAAGCCACCAGAAUAGUUGAAAAUGUAAGUAAAGAUCAAUGCAAACUUCAUUUGGGGGUCUAUGGUUAUAAAAUUUGCUGAAGUUUGCUCUACCUCCAUCAUUCAUUUGUCCUAAAAAAG